AUGGCAACGAGUAGAAACUGUGAUACACCACAGACGCCAACCGAAGACAUUACAUCGAGCUGCGUGAAUUGCGAACGUCCGGAUAGCGCUGAUAAUUUCGUGCAGUGUGAUAACUGCGACACGUGGUGGCACAUGUCGUGUGCUGGAGUAUCGGAAUCGAUCGAAGGACGUCCAUGGUCGUGUCGGAAGUGUGUUCCGGAUAAUGCAAGCAUCCGUACGGUGUCUUCUACCACUAGAGCCGCUCGUUUAGCGCUACAAUUGGAAGAAUUGGAAGCGAAACGAGCACUGGAAAAACAAUCAAUGGAAGCGGAAAAACGUCAUCUUGAUGAAGUGUUUCAACUACGGAAGGCACAGUUGGAAUGCGAGGAAGAAAGCAUGAACCACAGUCAGAUUAGCAUGCGACAAAGCUUGAACCAGGUUCGUCAAUGGAUGGAAAAAUGCGCUGAUCCAGCAGUAGGCGAUCUAUCAACAGCCUCGCUGUCAAUGCCGCUACCAACAUCCCAUGUCGACCCGAUCACUGAAGACAACAAUCCCGGUAGGAACGUGAUAUUUCAGACUAGGCAAAUUUCGAGCCCACUGAAACACCCGUCGUUGCAAAACGUACUUCAGCGAACUUCGAUGUCAACAGCAUAUCCAGUUAACCAACAAAGUGGCCCCGCUCCAGCUGCUUAUAACAAGCGUAUCCAAUCCGGUGCGGUUCCUAAGGCGAACAUCUUUGAUCCAGCUAAAGGAAUGCACAAACCUGUAGGUAACCCUUUACCCUCCGUAGGCCCAGGAUCGUCGCUGACGCUAAUCGAAGAGAAAUUAGCAAACGAAUUGGGCGCCGAUGGAAUCAUAAAGCCUUUAUGCUUGAUGUGGACCGGAAACGUGACGCGGAUGGAAACCACUUCUAAGCAGGUCACCCUGACAAUCUCGGCGUUGAACGGGAAUGCGAAGUAUAAGGUUGAAGACGCACGCACGGUGAAAGAGUUAUCGCUACCGAAACAAACUGUUUCAUUUGAACGAUUAAUGAACCGUUAUCGUCAUCUCCAAGGGCUUCCAGUUGCAAGCUACGAAAACGCAACGCCUAGAUUGAUGAUCGGAGUAAAUAACUUGAAUCUGAUUGUUCCACUGCGAACGAAGGAAGGAUUACGUUACGAACCCGUAGCUGUCAAAACCAGAUUGAGUUGGUGUGUCUACGGUGGCAAGACAACAAACGAUACAACGCAUACAGUAAACUGUCAUUCCUGCGACUGUACUGUAGCUCAAGAGCUGCAUAACACGUUAAAGGACUAUUUCGCGCUGGAAGAUAUCGCGACUAAAGAAGUGCCUGUGCUUAUGUCGGAAGAAGAAAAACGGGCCCAGUGUAUUCUCGAGAAAACAACAAUUCGCAUAGGCAAACGCUUCGAGACGGGAUUAUUAUGGAGGUUCGACCAUAUUGAACUCCCAGAUAGUUACAACAUGGCCCUAAAACGUCUGGAAUGCCUGGAGAAGAAACUGGCCCGAGAACCUUUGCUCAAGGAAAUCGUUCAGGAACAGUUAUCUGCCUAUCAAAACAAUGGUUAUGCUCAUUUAGCAACUAAAGAUGAGUUGCUUGUCGCUGACCUGAAACGCGUCUGGUAUCUGCCGUUAGGGAUAGUCAAAAAUCCUCGAAAACCAGGAAAAGUGCGAUUAAUUUGGGAUGCAGCGGCGAAGGUUAAAGAAAUAUCACUCAACACAAUGCUUCUGAAAGGACCCGAUCAGCUGACUUCGCUGCCAGCAGUUCUUUUACGUUUUCGCCCAUUCAAAGUUGGAAUUUCUGCAGACAUCAAAGAGAUGUUCCACCAAAUCUCUAUACGUAGAGAAGACCGGCACUCUCAGCGAUUCCUCUGGCGUUCGGAUCCCUCGCAUACUCCGGAAAUCUUCCUAAUGGAUGUGGCUACAUUUGGGUCAUCGUGCUCGCCAGCGUCAGCGCAGUUUGUAAAAAAUAAAAACGCCGAAGAGAUUCGGGAAAGAUAUCCUCGCGCCGUAAAAGUAAUAGUCGAGAACCAUUAUGUGGAUGACUGCUUGGAGAGUUUUGAGAGCACUGAAGAAGCUGUGCGUGUCAGUCGAGAGAUGCGCAUGAUUCACGAAGAAGGAGGAUUUCUACUAAGAAGCUGGCGUUCGAAUAGUAGAGAAGUAUUGAAAGAGUUAGAAGAAACAAAUUCAGCUGGAACAAACACCGUCGUCCAAGGAGUUGCAUUCGAACGCGUUCUAGGAUUGCUGUGGAGUACAGAAACCGAUGAACUCUACUUUUCUACGAUGAUGUCGACCGAGAUCAGCCUGGUUGAUGACAAUCAGCGACCCACAAAGCGACAGAUACUGAAAUGCCUGAUGGGAUUCUUUGAUCCGCUAGGACUUCUGAGUCUAUUCCAUAUCCACGGGAAAAUGCUUCUUCAAGAUGUCUGGCGAUCGGGAAUCGAAUGGGACGAACUAGUGAGCGAUAGAAUUUUUGAGCGUUGGCAGAAAUGGACCAAACUCUUCGAAGAAGUAAGCGAUGUGCGUAUUCCAAGGUGUUAUUUCCACCAAGCGACGGUAAAACGCUAUGAUGGAUUACAGCUGCAUGUUUUCGUCGAUGCUAGCGAAGUAGCUUAUUCCGUGGCUGUUUAUUUUCGUUUAGUAAAUUCUGAUGGAGUAGGAGAGUGUACCCUGGUUUCCGCAAAAGCAAAAGUGGCUCCGUUAAAACCUCUCUCGGUGCCUAGAAUGGAAUUGCAAGCCGCGGUGUUGGGAUCGCGAUUGAUGAAAUUCGUUGAAGAAGUUCACUGUCUCGCCAUAGUGCAGAAGUAUUUGUGGAGCGACUCGGCUACUGUGUUGUCGUGGCUUCGAGCAGAUCAUCGCAGAUAUAAGCAGUUCGUGGCCUGUCGUAUCGGGGAGUUGCUUACGACAACGAAUGUUAGCGAAUGGCGGUGGGUGCCCUCAAAAUCUAAUCCAGCCGAUGCUGCAACCAAGUGGGGUCAAGGACCAAAGCUGACGCAAGACAGUAUGUGGUUUAAAGGCCCAGAAUUUCUGCGCGGACCGGAAAUAAGUUGGCCUAUACAGAAGAACUCUGCUGUAGACACGGAAGAAGAGUUGCGUCCUUGUUACUCACACAGUAAAGUUGUGUUACCGAAACCUGUGAUCGAUCUGGAUCGGUUUUCGAAGCUUUCUCGGGUGGUAAGAACCGCCGCGUACGUGGCAAGAUUUCUGGCAAAUUUGAAGCGGAAGCAGAUUGGAGAAGAAGCAGUGAGCGGAAUUUUAACAUCGGAGGAACUAAAAUCGGCAGAAUAUUCAUUGAUACGAAUGGUGCAAUGGCAGGCGUUUCCCGAUGAAAUGGCGAUAUUCGUAAAAAACCAGCGAGACUCGGCUGAGAAGACAGGAUCUAUAGGCAAAAGUAGCGUCAUUUUCCAGUUGUCACCUAUAUUAGACGAUAAUGGAUUGCUUCGCGUUGGCGGACGAAUCGGGAAGGCUCCUAACAUCAACUUAGAAGCAAAGUUUCCAGUCAUACUCCCACGGAAUCAUAAGUUUACCGUUCUACUGCUGGACGAUUACCAUCGUAAGUUUCGAGAUGGUAAUCACGAAACCGUAACUAACGAAAUACGCCAGAAGUAUUACGUGCCAAGACUGAGAAGGAAAGCGAAGCGAUUACACCCAAUCACUUCCUUCUGGGAAACUCCAGUGGCGUUCGUCAGCCAGCAGUUAAGCCAACGGAUUCAGGAGCGAACUUCGUGGAGUCAGAUCCAGUAUCAACUUGACGUAUUUUGGAGAAGAUGGACUCGUGAGUAUCUGCCGACCCUCACCAAGCGUACGAAGUGGUUCGGUGAUGUUAAACCUGUUGCCGAAGGUGACCUAGUGUACAUCGUAGAUGGAGACAGAAGAAAUGGAUGGGAACGCGGUCGGGUACAGACAGUACUCAAAGGAGCGGACGGGAAAGUUCGUCAAGCAAUUAUUUAA